AUGAUGAUUAUUUUAAUAAAGAAGCUAAUAAUUUGUCUAACUCUCAUUUAUCCAAUUUGUAAUGGAAAUAAUCCAAAUAAAUUAAUUGACAGUGUUAAAGUUCAUGACAUAAAAACAUUUCCAUUUAUUGUAUCAAUACAACUGAGAAACCAUCAUAUUUGUGCUGGUUCAAUAAUUGGUCCCCGUCAUAUUUUAACAGCAGCAAAAUGUAUUUCAUUCGGAGAUAAAUAUAAAUUUUUAGGAAAUUUAAAAGUUCUUGCACGAACAACUGAUAUUUUCACGUUAUCAUCAGGGCUUCUUUACGAUGUUAAGCAUACUGUUUUUCAUCCGCAUUAUAGUACAAUAGGAACCGGCGAAAAUGACAUUGCCAUACUCAUUCUGGAAAAUUCAAUUGGUUUUUCUGCAAAAAGUUAUCCAAUUAAAUUGCAAAAAAAUCGAAUUCAUGAUCGUUCAUUAGUUUUAAAUGUUGGGUGGGGAGGAACACGUAAUCCAAUGAGAGGACCUGCGAAAAAACUGCAUUUACUUGAUAUGCAAUUGGCAAAUAAAUUUGAUUGUCAACAUGCUUUUAAUGGUUUUUUUGUGAAUCAUAAUUAUCAAAGCUGUGCUUAUGGAAUUAAUCCAUUUUCAGGUGUUGCUAUGGGUGACGGUGGUAAUCCACUUAUAUACAAUAAUAAAAUUGCUGGAAUAACAACACUUUUUAAACCACAAUCACCAAGAUUUAUAGUAUACAUAAAAAUUUGGAAAUAUGCUGAUUGGAUUCAAGAAACUAUUGAUUUAUAUUUAUAA